CAAAGAGUUGUCGACACAAUGGCAACGGCAAUGCGUGUCGGCGUUUUGACAGUCAGCGAUUCAUGCGCAGAUGGCACUGCCGUCGAUACAAGCGGACCCAACCUGUGCGCCCUGCUGCGCUCGUCUGGUUUGGCCAUCCAGCCCGAAAUUCACACGGCGUUGGUGCGGGACGAGCGCGACGACAUUGCCGUGACGCUCAAGCAGUGGGCAGACCAGGACGGGUUGCGUCUGAUUCUGACAACCGGCGGGACAGGCCUGGCACCGCGCGACGUGACUCCGGAGGCAACGCUACUCGUCAUUGAGCGUGAGGCUCCGGCAAUUGCGCAGCUCAUGCUGAUCAAGUCGCUCGAAAUUACACCGCUCGCAGCCCUGUCGCGAGCACGAUCCGGUGUGCGCGGCAAGACGCUGAUUGUCAAUCUUCCGGGCAGCAAAAAGGCGUCGGCCGAGUGCUUCCAAUUCAUCUUGCCCAUUCUCGGACACGCGCUCGAUUUGAUUGCCGGACAUGCCAAGCAGGUCAAGCAGACGCAUGCCGUGUUGGCUCAACACCCGCCGCUCGAACCUGUUCCAGCAGAGCAAAGCAGCGCCACGGGUCCCUCAGCAGCAGGUCAUUCGCAUGCGAUCGCCGCAACGCAACAGCAACAGCAACCACAGCAACACCAACACGCACACCACCAUCAUUCUUGCGACCACCACACGGAUCGAUUUGCAAGCGAUGUCUCCGACGAUUGGAAGACGCUCAAGUCGGCAGACCCGGCGCAGGUUGCACGUCGACAAAGGCACUCCCCCUUCCCUCUGUUUUCAGUUGAAGAAGCCCAACGCAUCGUCCAGCACGAAGCUGCCGCCCUCCUUGAAAACCUGCCUCUUGUGGAGCUCAGCCUCGUCGACCAACAGCCCUCAAUCCUCCUGGGGCAUGUCUGCGCCAAAGCCGUGAUUGCAGCCACUCCCAUCCCUGCUUUCCGCGCCAGUGUCAAGGACGGCUACGCAGUGCUUGCUGCCGACGGCGAGGGCGUGUUCGCUGUGGUUGGUGGCAUUGCCGCUGGCGACGCAAAGCUCCCUGCGCCGUUGCAAAGUGGCCAGAUUGCCCGCAUCACCACGGGCGCCGCGCUGCCCGAGGGUGCCGAUGCAGUCGUUCAGGUGGAAGAUACCGAGCUUGUCGAAGCCACCGCGGACGGCCAAACAGAGCUCCGAGUGCGCAUUCUCAAACGCGCCUCCGGUCCUGGACAGGACGUGCGUGCCGUUGGCUCCGACAUUGCUGUUGGCGAGUGUGUCCUUGAUGUCAACAGUGUCAUUGGUCCGGCCGAGCUCGGUCUUCUCGCAAGUGUUGGUGUGACCAAGGUCACUGCCUUUGCAAAGCCAACCAUGGGCAUUUUGUCGACCGGAAACGAGGUGGUCAGCAUCGACACGGCAACGCCCCUCGGCCCCAAUCAAAUCCGCGACAGCAAUCGCAUCACGUUGCUAGCUGCUGCGGCCGAAGCAGGUCUGCACGCCAAAGACUUUGGGAUUAUUCAGGACGACUUUGAGGUCAUGGCUUUGCGCAUCAAGCAAGUGUUGAAUGAAGUGGAUGUGCUGGUCACGACAGGCGGCGUCUCGAUGGGCGAGAAAGACCUGCUCAAGCCUGUGCUCGAUUCUCUGGGCGCGACGUUGCAUUUCGGUCGCGUGUACAUGAAGCCCGGCAAACCUACAACGCUCUUUACGGUCAAGCACAACGGCCGCAGCAAACUCAUCUUCGGACUGCCCGGCAAUCCCGUGUCGGCUCUUGUCACCUUCCAUCUCUAUGUCGUCCCGAGCAUGCGGCAAAUGGCCCGCAGUCCGCAUCCGAACGCACCAAUCGUGCGGGCAGAACUCGCCUUCCCGCUCAGACUCGACACGCGACCAGAGUACCACCGUGUCACUCUGACGUACAACCACCACAAGGGCAAAUUUGUGGCUGCUUCGACGGGCAGCCAGUGCUCCAGUCGGCUGCUGAGUGUGCGUAGUGCCAACGGCCUUUUGAUUCUGCCACCACGCACCACAGCGCUCGCAGACCUGCCUGUUGGCUACGAGGUCGAUGCCAUGCUGCUUGGACAUGUUCUUUGACCUCCUCCCAAGCAUGCGUGUCAAAAUGAACACAGUACAAACCAGAAUGCACAAAAAAAGAAGAAAAAAGCUUCGUUCAAAUGUUUUUCUUUGUUGUUCUUGUUUGAACAUUUUCAACACUGAUCCAAAAUCAAAAACUCAAACAACUCGCACA